AAAUUUCAUACUGCUCUUUGUUCAAACACAUUCAAAAGUUACGAAAUUUUUAGGAAAAAUUUUAUACUUUUUUACUCUUUAUUAAUUAUAUAUAUUUACAAAUUGCAUAAUACGAUGUAUCGUUUAAUUUGGAUAUCGAUAUGAAUUCAGAAACGAUAACCUGGAUUCUCAUCGUUUAUUCAGUUUGUGCUUUGGAAAGCUGUUAUAGUUUAGAUUACAAUGGUGCUAAAAUAGUGACUUACGGUGAACCUUGCGUUACGUCUCGUCGAUUACCUUUUCAGAUAGAAGGACCUAAAUCACCUCAAAAAGAGGAAAAAAUACCAGUGUCACUGAAUUUUAAAAUGAUUUCUGAUACGUAUAUUCAGCCACGUCGUAUUGAAUAUCCAAUUUCAUUGGACAUUCCAUGUAGUACUCCAUCACCAUCAGAAAAAAAGUACGUUGAAGAUACCUUACGUGGUAAAGUUUAUGCGUACAAUACUUAUGUUCCACCUGUUAAUUCUCCACCAUCUCCAUCUAUGAAAAAUUACAACUUUAAAAUUGAAAACGUUCCAAUUACGACCAAAAAUAAUUAUAAUUCUGAAUGCGAAAUGAAACAAGUUCAACGACUGAAAGGACUUCAAUCUCGAAUUGAUCGAAUUCUCGUUCCUGCUUGUGAAGUUUCAUCAUUGUCAUCAUCAUCAUCACCAUCAUCAUGUCAAUGUCAAUAAAUUUAACAAUUAACAGAAUUAUUUAUAUUAAUAAUAAAAUACAAUAUAUUGAAAUAUAAAAGUGAUCAAAAGUUCAAAACAUUUUUAUCUAUUUAAUAAAAUGAACGU